AUGACGGGGGCAAUCGUGUGCGAGUCGAUCCUCGAAGCCAAGACCAAGAAGUUCGUCAUUGCGACGUGGGGCACGAGCUACUGGCGCCUCUGCGAUCGACUACUCGUGAACGCCAAGACCAAGGCCGACGUCGACGCCCGCCACCACCACGUCAAGGCGUACACGGUGAUCGAAGGCUGCACUUGGCAAGGGCAUGAGAUGGGUUUCCGCGUAGCGACCAAGGAGGCGGGCUGGGUGCACUUUCGCGCCGGCUCCAAAGCCGAGUGGGCCAAGUGGAUUCAUGCUCUUUUGAGUCUUCAAACGAUCAAGGUACGUGCCACGCCCACGAUAAGCUCCAACUCGACGUCCACGGCGUGCGACGAUGACGAGGUGCCAACGUUCGCGUGCGAGAAAUUCCAACCAUGA